AUGCAUGAUCUUGUACAUGAUCUUGCACAAAUUGUUGGAAUGCUUGAAUAUUCCACCAUGGAGGAGGCCAUUACUGUGGAAGACGACAUUUCUGAUAAAGUUUGUGGUUUGUCAUUUUUUUUAGGUAAUGAGGGAAGACUUCAAACUCGAGAAGCCUUGGAGAAGACAAAGAAAUUGCGAACAUUAAUAGCUUGUCCGCCAUCAAGGUGGUUGGUCUCAAAUAUUAAUAUUGAUAUGUUGAUGAAAAACUUCCAGAGCUUGUGUGUGUUGGAUGUAUCACACUGCCUCAUAAAAGAGGUGCCACCAUCAAUAAGAAAAUUGAAACAUUUAAGGUACCUUGACUUGUCUAGGAAUAUAUCAAUUGAAGUGUUGCCAAAGUCUAUCACUAGCCUUUACAAUUUACAGACGUUAAAAGUCAACACUUGCUUUGAACUUCGAGAGCUUCGCAAGGAAAUGAGAAAGAUGGUUAGCUUGAGACAUUUUGAAUUUGAGGGUAAAUGCACUGAGAUGCUAGUUGAGAUGGGGAGAUUGACUAAUCUGCAAACAUUAACACAUUUUAUAGUAGGCAAAGAUGAAGGACACAGUCUUGAAGAGCUGAAGUGCUUGAACCUCAAAGGGAAACUGACCAUAAGUGGUCUGGAGAAUAUUGUAACAAUAGAAGAAGCCAGGGAGGCAAAUUUGAGAGGAAAUAAACAUGAUAUUCGUGAGUUAACAUUAAUAUGGGGGAGUUCUAAUACUGGCAUGAAUGAUGAUGAUGUGUUAGAAGGCCUAGAACCUCAUCCAAACUUGAAAAGGCUUUCCAUCGGUGGUUUUGGCGUUGCAAAAUAUCCUUCAUGGAUGGAAAAAUUGUUAGCAUACAAAAAUUUGAUUGACUUGGUCAAAUGUAUUGAUCGGGAGUUCUAUUAUAGCAGUAGCAACAACAACAAUAAUAGUAAUACUUCUGGAGCAUCUUCUUAUUCUUCUUCUUCAGGGAUAAUGGUAGCAUUUCCAUCUCUUAAAAUACUAAGGCUAAAUACUAUGCCUAAUUUGGUUGAAUGGUUGGAAGUGUUGCCUUCCUUUCCAUCCCUUGAGGAGUUGUAUGUCUCAUCAUGCCCCAAGCUGAAAACCAUGCCAACUCAAUUCCUUUCCCUUAAAAGGUUCAAAUUUGGUUAUUUUCCAAAUAAGAUGGCACUAAAGUCGUUGUCAAGCAACCUUGUCUCUCUCAACUAUCUUACUAUUGAAAGGUGUCGAGACCUCAAGUCUGUGCCAGAGGGUUUGCUACAAAACAACGCAAAUAUUUUACAUGAAUUGUGUUUUGGAAGAUGCCCCAAGCUUGAAACAAUUUUUCCAAGUAAAGAAGAAGAAGUAGAAGAAGAAGGACAAGUGGUGGGAUCUGGAUCUUCUUCUUCCCACCACCACCUACAGCAGCCGCUACUACUACUUGUCUUUCCGUUUCUUCAAUGCUUAAAAAUAAUUGACUGUCCUCUUGUAAAGACUUUUCCGGACUUACAAGGAAUGACUUCUCGUCGAUGUUUGAAACUAAUUGGCUUUAAGGAGUUGAAGUCGCUACCAGAGGGGUUGCAGUGGCUCACUAAGCUUGACACGUUAGAAAUUGGUCAGUUUUCAGAGGAGCUGGAACAACUGGAUACUAUAAAAGGGGAAGAGGAUCUCCAACACCUUGUCUCCCUUCGAAGACUAAGACUCUUUGGAUGGCCUCAGCACAAGAAUCCCCAACACCAACUUAAGCAUCAACUCACCCAUUAUCUACAAUUUUUGAGGACGGAAGAGGAUUAUUGGUGA